GAGAGAAAGUGCGAGAGAAAGUGCGAGCGGGCAAGCAAGCAAGCAACGUAAUUGACAAGGCUGCAAUGGUGAAAUAAACACUCACGGCCAACGCACAGCUUUCGUUGCACAAUUGCGAAAACACGGCGCUCUUUUGACGCAUCGAUCCCGCUUCAGAUUCGAUUUCCAGAAUUUCAGCACCAUCACCUAAUCACGCUUGGAAAUUAUGUUCCGAUCGGCGCAUAUCCAACCGGCAAGAUGAUGAUUUUACCAAGGAGAAGGUUAGAGUGUGUAGCCGAUUCGGUGGUCUUGGUGAUCUUCGUGGUCACCACUUCUCUUGGAACGGUUUUCGCCAAGGAUACGGCUUUUGUGGAAGUAGUGCUGUUUGAGUCAAGUCCAAAUGGAGAUUAUACUACAUACACGACGGGGUUGCAAGGACGAUUCUCAAAGGCAGGAGCCACUAUCAGUGCGGAGGGCGAGAUCGUGCAAAUGCAUCCGCUGGGGCUGUGUAACAACAACGAUGAGGAGGACCUAUACGAGUAUGGCUGGGUGGGAGUGGUGAAGCUGGAGCAGCCUGAGCUGGACCCCAGCUGUCUCACUGUCCUGGGAAAGGCGAAGCGAGCGGUUCAGAGGGGAGCGACAGCUGUCAUCUUCGACGUGUCCGAAAACCCUGAUGCCAUCGAUCAGCUGAACCAGGUAGCGGAGGACCCUCUGAAGAGGCCAGUGGUUUAUGUGAAGGGGGCCGAUGCUGUUAAGCUGAUGAACAUAGUCAACAAGCAGAAAGUGGCCCGUGCCAGAAUCCAGCACAGACCACCAAGGCAGCCUACGGAGUACUUUGACAUGGGGAUCUUCCUGGCCUUCUUCGUAGUGGUAUCUCUGGUCUGCCUCAUACUGCUCAUCAAGAUCAAACUAAAACAGAGGAGAAGCCAGAGUUCUUUGAACAGGAUGGCCAUCCAGGCCCUGGAGAAGAUGGAGACCAGGAAGUUCAAGGCCAAGGUCAAAGGGCAGCGCGAGAGCAGCUGCGGGGCAUCGGAUUCACUGAGCAGUAGCUCCACCUCCGACUGCGCUAUCUGCCUGGAGAAGUACAUCGACGGAGAGGAGCUGCGGGUCAUCCCCUGUGCCCACAGGUUCCAUAAGAAGUGUGUGGACCCUUGGCUCCUCCAGCACCACACCUGCCCUCACUGUAGACACAACAUUAUCGAGCAAAAGAAAGGGAACCCCGGCCCUGUCUGCAUGGAUGGCAAUCCCAUCCACAGCCGGCAGCAGAGGGUAGUCCUGCCCGUCCACUACCCAGGCAGGGUGCACCGUGCUGGGCAGGUGACUACCUACCCCACCCGCACCUCCAUGGACCCCCAUGGUAACCCCAUCACAAUGCUCACUGUGGACCACCACCCAGACCCCCAGGGCCUGUACCCUCCCCAGUCUUCCCACGCCGGGGCAUUCCUGCGGGGCUACCACCCCCACACUACCAUGCACCUGGACCACUCCCUCAACCCCCACCACUGUGGCCUGGAGCACCAACACCGUGGCCUGGGCCUCAACCCCCCCACCUACCCACAGCACCAGCAGUCCGGGCCCCACCAUGGAGCCUUCAAGAGGCCCAAAUUCCAUGGGCGCAGCUUCUCGCGUGCUGCCUGCUACUCGCAGUAUGAGACCAUGUACCAACACUACUACUUCCAGGGCCUGACCUUCCCCCAGCAGGGUGAGGGGGCUGCAGGCGUUGUGGGGGUGGCUGGGGGUGCCGGGCCCCACACGGGCCACCACAGCAGGGCCUUCCAGGGGGGUCUGCUCUACCCCACGGUGGUCCACAUGGCCCCUGCUACCAGCUCCAGGAUAGGGGAGGCAGGGAGCGGUGCCUCAGGCAUGGGCUGUUACCAUGGCCACCACUCUGUGUGCAGCGGUUACCUGGCCGACUGUCCGGGCAGCGACAGCAGCAGCAGCAGUUCGGGCCAGUGCCACUGUUCAUCCAGUGAUUCUAUGCUGGACUGCACCGAGGUUAGCAACCAGGGGGUGUACGGCUCCUGUUCUACCUUCCGAAGCUCCCUGAGCUCUGACUACGACCCCUACGUCUACCGCAGUAAGAGCCCCUGCAGGGGUUCGCAAGGGGAGCCAGGGGCCACAGCCGCAGGGGCCUCCACCGCCUGUCCCUCCACAGCCGAGGACUCCCUAACCCCAGCUCCCUCGGGGGGCCAAGAUGGCUGCAGCCUGCAGCCACAGCCUCCUCCAGGAGCCUGUGGUUCGGCUCGGGGGGACCAGCUCUCCAGCUGCAGUCUGGAGCCCAACUACAGCAGCCGCUCGUCACUGGAGCAACCCAGGGACACCAGCACCACUAGCACUACCUCAGCCGGCCCUCUAGAGGGAGCCGCUGACAGAGGGAAGGGGGGGCAGACAGGGGAGGAGAUAGGGGGGAAUCAUGUCCUGGGGGGAGUUGGGGCAGGGGCGUGUAGCUGCUGUUUCGAGGUACUCCCACCCAACAUGGAGUGCAUAGGUCAGCAGGGGCAGGACUCGGACACGGCUGGGUCUCUGGCCUCCUCGGGGCGUGGCUGUCACAGGGGGGCGGAGUUCCAUCAGCAGAGCUCCGCCUCUCAGCAUCAGCAGAACUUUUACGGCCAGGGGGAGCACCUGUUAGCUCCGUCGGAGCAGGUGAGUUACGAGGGCCUGCCCUGCUUCUUUUACAAGGAGAUGAAGGUCCACCGGGCCACAGGGGGGCGCUAUAACGAGGAUUAUGCCGUGAACGUGCAGUACGCACACCACGCUGCAGACUCAGAUGCCUGCUCCGGACAGGGCUGCUGUGGCGAGCUCAGCCAGAGAAUACCCAUAAUCCAUGAGGACACAGACUGUGAGCCGGGCUUGGGGGCGGAGACCCAGAGCAGCCUACUGCUAGGCAGCAUCAUCACGGGGGAAGGGCAAGGGGGCGAGGGGCGGACUGGGACUCGUUGGCGGGUGGAGCCAGGUGAAGGGGGGUACUUUACUUCAGGACAGUUCAGAGGUCAAACUUACCCCACCCAGGAGGAAGAGACCAGGGCCCUGUUCCACCCCCCGGAACGCCACUAACCACGAUGCGUCGGGAAACAGUAAAGCUACAGAUGAGGGGCUUGGGAGUAUAUGAGAGGGUGUGGAGCCCAGAAACAGCCUCUUUGGUACCGAACCAGUCAGUCGUUCAGUCAGUCAAUCAACAAACCCUCAGUUGCCUUGUUCUAAGCCUUGCUCGCUGAGCUCUGAAUGUUAUAAUCCUAUAUGGUGAUGGUGUGGAUUUCUACUGAAAAUUAUAUGAUGGCCUGCCUGGUGUAACCAGGCCUAUCCAGUACAUUCCUGUGGCUCAGCCCACCUCGUGGCCCCACCAGCAGCUUCUACAGGCUGUGAUAGAGAAUCAGGCUACGACAUAUGGGUGGAUGUUCAGUGGUUGGCUUGGCAGGGGCACAACACGACAUGUAGGCUACUACCACAUACCAUCAGUGCCAGCCAGGGUCAGUCAUGAGACCCAUUAGAAGAUCAACGAAUUGUGUUAGCUGGGCCCAGUUUGUGAGAUUGUAUUUUCUGAUUUGGUGAAUUGUUUUUCUUCACAUGAUAUCGAAACUCCAUUUUGUGCAAAACUUUUGAGGAUUUCUUUCCCUUUUUUCCCCUCUUCUUGUUAAUUCUUAUUACACAAAUGCCUGGAUGUACAUGCAGUAUGUAUGCACUAUACGCACAGUCAGGUCAAAAAUGAUUGGCACCCUUGUUAAAGAUGAGCAAAAAAGACUGUAUACAAUAAAUAAUACAAAUACUGAGCUAUAUUAUAUUUUCGGGACUUGAACCCGAUUGAAAACCUGUGGUUUGAAUUGAAG